AUGGGUGUGAGCGGUCAUCUCGUCCGCCGCAGUGCGGAGUUCGUCGCCAACUUCCAGGAUAAGCCAGCCAUGAAGGUCGAGUUUGCUCCAUGGCUGAUUUGCUUGCUUGUGGCAUUGUUUCUCGUGUUUGGCCUCGUACUCUUGGCCAUUGAUUACACAUACGCUGGAGUGGUUGCGACCCUGGCCGCCAUCGAGGACUCCAACCCCGAUAUCUACGUUCGCAUCGACCAGCACGAUGCCAACAAGCCGUAUGACCCCAAUGAGCCUGAGGCUGCUGGCUCGCCACGUCCCAAGCCCAUCACCAGUGGCCUGCGCUCGACCACCAGGCACCUGCGUUCCCGCGCUGGCUUCUGGUCGCGCUUCCGGGGCCUCUCCAUAUAUCUCGCUUACGUCCUCGCCGAUGCGUUCCUCUCGCUGGUCUUCCCCAUCUCGACCAACUCCUUCUUCGGCCAGUUGUUCGUUCAGUUCGCCAUCAGCAUGCUCCUUGCGACGUGGCACAUGGCCUGGGUCCACAUUGUCAUCUCCGAACCCUCGCCCAAGCGGUUUUACCAGCGCAUCCCCAGCUACCGCAAGUGGAUCCGGAUCGCCCCGGCCGUGGCCCUCCAGUCUGCGCUGACCUAUGCUUCUUUCCUCUUGCCCAUGGCUGUGGCUCAGUUCGCCGGCUGGACUGAUGUGACGGAGGACCCUAACCACCCUGAGCAGACCAUCAACAAGUCCCUCCUGCGCUUCCUGGCGAUCAGUACCCUUCCCGCUUUGCUGGCGCUGGCAGUUUCUGUCCCUGCCAAUGUCAUCUUCGUUCGCGUCGCUGCCUCGAUGCUGCCCGAGGAAGAUGAGACCAUCGUGCCCUUCGACCGCUCCUUCGGUGGGAAGGUCCAGCCCGAGAUCGUGGGUGGCAGUGGCAAGAUCGGCCUCAUGGAUGCAUGGACCACCUUCGACUGGAGUGCCCGGGUUCGCUUCGUCAAGAUUGUGAUCAAGACGAUACUGAUCCAGGUCGCUGUGAUGUUCGUGGGCAUCUCCCUCAUCAUGGCUACCGCGUGGGGACUGAGCUCCAAGGGUAUGACUAUGGUGCCUGCUGAUGGCUCUUUGUAA